AUGAGGAGAGAUGGAAUUUUGAAUUUGAAAGAUUUUGCAAAGUUUAAUGACAAAAAGGGGAGCAAGAAAAGCAAAACCGGGUCUGAAAUCUCAAGUACAGUCUCGAAGGCCACGUCAAAGAAGUCGUCGAAAAAGAGAAAGAGGGGAGCGAAAUCAGUGAAGUCAACGAUGACCUCAAAAACUUAUAAGACAGCGCAGUUGGAGCAUUUUGACGAUCCGUGUAUUCCAGAUAAGAUUUGUGGCCUCUCACUCUUCGAUUUUACGAUGACAUUCCUUCCAUGGAUUUCCUUUGCGUUAUUUUUCUUCGCCUUGAUAAUACCAAGAUGGGGAGUCUUUGACGUUGAAACAAUGGACAACAACGCUAUUGAAGAGCGGCGCGUAAAGCAGAUCGAAGUUGGUGCGUUCCAAGAAUGCUACGUUUUCGACGAGAACGUCAAGCAAUGCGUUGCCAUCGGCUCUUACAAGGCAAAGUUUGAAAACAUCGUUCCAAAUCUCGUCCCUGAUUAUGAGCUCAAAUGCGUGAAGAUUCUCAUCCCUAUCAAUUUAUUCCUCCUGCUGAUUUUCAUCUACUGGCCGUUUGUUGGAUACGCGACCCGAUCAUAUGGCUUUAUGAUGUCGAGCAUGGGCUAUUUGCUUGUGGCGAUUAUGCAAACGACAGUUUUGGUUUUAUGGUCCUCGGGGUACAGAAAAGCGCAAUUUCGACUGGAUGAGAACUAUGCAUCUUCGAGUAUCGGAAGAAUUAAAUUUGAUCAUUUACCAAUGCCGAAUUGCAUUGUUGCUGGAGUGGUGAUUUUGUGCGUGGUUGGAAUUAUGGGGCUCAUUUUUACUUGCCAAAAUGACUACAGGAAGUCACAUGACAUGGGAAAUCAAGUGUUCAGAAGAAUGACUAGAAUGACAAUUUUAUCGCCCAAAGAAAAACCUCAAAAAGAGGAAAAACGAAAUGACAAACCAACUCAAAAAGAAUACGAAAAGGCAAAAGAUGUUCUCAAUGCGAACCCAAAACUCAUGGAGCGGUCGGACUCUGGAAGCUCUCAAGGCGCAUUCAUUUCAACUGAUAAGCCAACAGUUCAUUACGAAGAUUCUGUCGCAGAUCCAAAGUCAGUCUUAGAGCAAAAAGUGGAUAAAAUCUUGGACACGUAUAGCAAAGAUGAAAUCAUGCGAAUGGUUGCUGAAAUCCAAAAUGGUGCGGCUCAAUCUUCAGUCAAUACAAUCACAGAAACCGGCAACCACAAUGUCGCUUUCACUUUGCCUGCUAACGAUACGAUACCUGUCUCAGGUGAUAAUAGCUACGUAUGA